AUGGAGAACAACAAUGCUAAAUGGGUUCAAUUAUUCUCGGCAAAAUAUCUUCAAGAUCACUCUUUUUGGAAUGCAGACGCUAAAAAGAAAGGAUCUUCUGUUUGGCAUGGUUUGAUGCAAGUAAGAUCCUUUUUGGAGAACAAAAUUUUCUGGCAAAUCUCGAGUGGUAAUUCUGUUAAGAUUUGGGAAGAUCCUUGGAUUCCAAAUCAGGUAAAUCAUUUACUCCCAUUACCAGAUAUAUUGCCAGAAAAUAUUAUGCAUGUUUCUGAUUUAAUGACCGGAGGUAAUAUUAGUUGGAAUAUUGAUAUUCUGCAUCAGUUGUUUAGUCAACAAAUCGUGGAUGAAAUUCAGAAGAUCUUCUUAAAUGGAAAUAAUGCAGAAGAUAUCCUUAUUUGGUCUCCCACAGUUACGGGUAAAUUUUCUACAAAAUCUUGCUACAAGAUUCUUUCAGAAAAUAUUCCUUCUUCUUCGGCUAUGCAUGAGUUCCCUUGGCGUAAGUUUUGGUCUUUCUCUUUCAUUCCUCCUAAGAUUAUGGUUUUUACAUGGAAGUUGAUUUACAAUGGUUUGCCAGUCAAUCAAAACAUCAAAAGAUUUGUCUCUCAGAUAGAUCCAUCGUGCACAUUCUGCAAACAAGAGGAGGAGUCCAUUGAGCAUUUAUUUUUUAAUUGCCCAUGGUCUGUUACUAUUCUCGAAAAUAUAUCUAGGGAAUUUGCAGGCCUCACAUAUACCAGGAACUCACGAGAUGUUAUCAUGAGUUGGAUAGAAGAAACGAAUUUAUUCAAGUUUACUAUGGGCUUGUGUGUAUUCUGGAAUAUAUGGAAAAUGAGGAAUGAGAUGGUCUUUUCUGAUGCUUCUUUCUCUGCAAGGAUGGUGAUCAAGAAAGCUCAUAUUGAGUAUAAUGCAUGUAUUCAGGAUAUUCCGAGAUUCUCUCUUGAAGAAACAAUUACUGAGACUGUCUCUUGGCAACCUUCAGAUUAUGGUUACUCUAAAAUCGGGUCCUCCCGGGUAUAA